AUGACUACACCGAAUACUGAAGCACUCCCUCAGUUUCCUGGUGAUGACACCAGGCCAACCAGCAAGAGGGAGCUGGCUGGCUGGUAUUGCUAUGGUUGGGCUGCUGAAGUCUUUGUAGUGUGUGCCAUGGGCUCCUUUCUCCCCAUCACCUUAGAGCAAAUGGCUCGAGAUCGGGGUGUCUUGCUCUCAGAUAAAACAACACCAUGCAGUGCGACUUGGAAUCCGUCACUGCCACCAGAUGAGAAUACACUGGGCUUCCAGACCAACGCGAAUGGAGGCCAGUGCAUUAUCUAUUUUCUUGGAGCCGAAAUCAACACCGCGAGUUUUGCUUUGUAUACGUUCUCGUUGAGCGUCUUGGUCCAAGCAAUCCUGAUCAUUUCAAUGUCGGGCGCCGCUGAUCAUGGAACUUAUCGCAAGAAACUCCUGGUGAUUUUCGCCUUCGUUGGCUCAGUUGCAACCAUGUUGUUUUUGGCUAUCGUGCCGAGAGUAUACCUUCUAGGUGGACUUCUAGCAAUUAUUUCUAAUACUUGCUUUGGUGCGUCGUUUGUGCUUCUCAAUUCGUUCCUCCCUGUUCUGGUUCGCCAUCACCCAACCUUGCUCAGAGAGAGAGACGGAGAGAGGCCGUCGGAUGAGUUCACGGCCGUCCCUAGUGAUGAGGUCCCCUCUCCUGGAGCGACCGACCACACAAAUCCAGAUGACACUACACCACUACUUAGACCCAGAGCUGAUGCUAAAGAAUCAUCCUCCACUACGACUUCUCUGGAGCUCAAACUCUCCACUGGGAUCUCGUCUAAUGGCAUCGGGAUCGGGUAUAUCGGGGCGGUCAUUCUCCAGGUAAUCUCCAUCUUGGUCGUCGUAGUCGUGCGGCCCGCAACGUUCUCGCUGCGUCUUGUGCUAUUCUUAAUUGGUCUAUGGUGGUUCGUGUUCACCAUCCCUGCAGCUUUGUGGCUCCGCACUCGGCCCGGUCCGCCUUUACUAGACAGUGAUGGGAAACCGCUCCAUUCGUGGAUUGGGUACAUGGCUUAUGCUUGGAAGUCCCUCGGGAAGACUGUGAUGCGAGCGCGACGCUUGAAAGAUAUCGGGAUUUUCCUUGCCGCCUGGUUUCUGCUCAGCGAUGGAAUCGCCACUGUCAGCGGCACCGCUGUUCUGUUUGCCAAAACACAAUUGGACAUGCAGCCCGCCGCUCUAGGACUGAUCAAUGUGAUCGUCAUGGUUGCAGGGGUAUUCGGUGCGUUCUCUUGGAGCUACAUCUCGACUUAUUUCGAUCUACGAGCUUCACAAACCAUCAUUGCAUGCAUCGUCCUAUUCGAGCUGAUUCCGUUGUAUGGUCUUUUGGGAUUCAUUCCGGCUGUGCAACGCGCCGGACUUGGCCUUCACCAGCCGUGGGAAAUGUACCCUUUGGGCGCGGUUUACGGCCUCGUUAUGGGCGGAUUGUCAUCCUACUGCCGGAGCUUCUUCGGAGAGCUCAUUCCUCAAGGUUAUGAAGCAGCUUUCUAUGCACUUUAUGCGAUCACCGACAAAGGAUCCAGUGUGUUUGGACCGGCCAUUGUCGGGACCAUCACCGAUCGAUACGGAGAGAUCCGCCCCGCAUUUGGGUUUUUGGCGAUUUUGAUUAUCGUGCCACUGCCACUCAUGCUUUUAGUGGAUGUGGAUCGUGGGAAGCGGGAUGCCUUAGCACUGGGGGCUGAACUAGACGGCAUACCCGAAGGGGCUGGAUAUGGGGCCACUUCUGAGGCCAGUUCCCAGGGCCUCGAAGGGGAUGUGAUAGAAGGGGAUGCGGUAGAGAAUUAA